AUGGGAAACACCGGCAGUUCGCAGAAGAUCUCGGCCCAGGAUCGGGCCAUUCUAGACCUCAAGAACCAACGUGAUAAGAUUAAACAAUACCAAGUCCGCGUCACCGUCCUCACCGACCGCGAAACCGAGAUCGCACGGCAAUGUCUCGCGAACAAUGAUCGGCGGCGAGCGCUGCUCGCGCUACGGCGCAAGAAGUAUCAGGAAUCGCUGCUAGACAAAGCCAACAGUCAACUCCUCCAGCUGGAGCAGCUUACCAGCCAAGUCGAGUUUGCGCUGGUGCAGAAGGAUGUCAUGUAUGGCUUGCAGCAGGGGACCCAGGUGCUGCAGACGAUCAACAGGGAGAUGGGCGGUAUCGAGGGCGUGGAGCGGUUGAUGGGGGAGAAUGAGGAGGCGCGCGCUUAUCAAGAGGAGGUGAGCCGCAUGCUAGAGGGCAACCUGUCGAACCAGGAUGAAGACGAAGUCGAGGACGAGCUGGAGGCAUUGCGACUUGAGGUCGCUCCCAAGGUGCCUGAACAGCCAGUCCUGCCCGAUGCUCCUGUACAGCAGCCUGUCGUGUCCGAGCCCGAGCCCGAGCCCGAGCAGGUCUCUGGCGAAAGAACUCGGAGCAAAGCCAAGGCCCGAACAGCCCUGGCUGCGUGA